AGUUAGAGUUGAAAUGAAACCUAGACAGAAGAAAGAAACACACCCCUUUAGAGUACAAUUGAUUUUUUAGAAACAGUUACUAGCUGCACUUCUCUUUAUAUGCAAGUCUGAGUCAAGACAAAAUUGGAGAACACACAAGAGCUAGAUCAGAUUAACACUCUAGAAGAUAUUAGUAGAGCCAAACCUCUCCUUUUCACAUCAGAACCACAAAUGCUUCUUAGAGAAACCAUCCGCAAGACCAAACUUUUACUUCACAAAUCCCUCAAAAAUUUCAAGUCCUUCUUUGGAGGGUACCAAAAACUACCCAGAUCCCUUUCCUUCAAUCCGUUCCUCGGCCGCAGCGGCAACACAUCAAGAACUUACACAAGUGAUCAAUUCUACAAUGAGUUCUAUGACAUGCUGCAGUCUGAUCUGAGCAGAAUGAACAGAAGUGAGCAUGACAUUAGCAUGAGGAGGCCAAAGGAGGUAGAAGAACCAAUGGGAGAUGCUGCUGCUGCUGCAACUGCAAGUGCCAAGAAAAGUCCACAAAAGAAGGUAAAGGAGAAGAAGAGCAAAGGGAACUUCAAGAAAGACUUGAACUCAAAAAACAAGAAUGAGGAGGGUGUUCAUGAUUUAGCUCAAAAGAUGAAGGAAUUGGAGAUGGCUGAUUCUGGUGAUGUGGAGCAUGUACUAGACAUUGAAGAGGCUCUCCACUACUACUCUCGCCUCACAAGUCCUGUUUACUUAGACAUUGUGGACAAGUUUUUCACAGACAUGCACUCAGAGAUCAACCUUCCACAGUCCUCUGUCAGCAUCAAACACUCCAAGUCAAAGAGAAGAUUUGGCUCAAUCAGGUUGUAGAUAAGAUAAUCUUAAAGGUGUAUAUGAAAUAUGUUCCCUCUUGUUUUACUUCUCCCAGUGUGCUGAAGGGUUUGAGUUUGUUUGGUUUGAAUUCUUGCUAUUUACAAAUUUUGCUUUUCUGGUUACUUGAACUGAACCUAUAUUGUCCAUUCAUCAAUUAUGAAUAUAAGAAUCUCUAGCCCUGUUUGACAA